GAUCGAGAUGGCAUCGUGCGGCCGCUGGACGGUGCUGCUCUUGGUGGUUGUCAUAGAAACAGUUGACCUCUUCUGUGAUUGGUUGUUCUACACACAGGUCAAAGACAGCAGUGAAUCUUACAUUAAAAACCACGCCUACCUCCACUGGGUGAUAUUCGGAGUGGCUAUUCUAGGGACCUUGACCUUUGUGUUUGAGGUCAUCAAUCUCGCCGUAGAACUCUUCAGGAAAGAAAAGAAAUCUUGUUUAAUGGCGGACACGGUUUCUAUGUUAUCUACGUGGGUUGAGGAUGUUCCUCAGAUUGCGGUGGCGUUGGCGAUCGCCGCUAAUUCUAAGAGUGUGGUUCACUGGAUCCAGUACGUCAAGGCCGGGUGGGCGGUGCUAGAGGUCGCUGUCCGCGCCCUGGGUCAGUGUAUCUACUGCUGUAGGAUUUCCGACAGACCUCAUCGCUCCACGGACUUUUUCGUCUCGCUCUGCAAGUUCCUGGCGCAGAUUGUCGUUCUUGGAUGUUCUGUUGGAAUACUUCUGUGUCUAUUACAGGAAAAUCAAGGAAAUUGAAAAAUAUUUAUGUUUAAUUAUUUAUUAUCUUAUCAUCUAGCUGUUUCAACUUGUUAAGCCUCACUGCUUCCAAUUAUUCUAUUGGAGACAUAUACAUUUUAUAUGCUAUAAAUAAUAUAUAUUAUUACAGAACUAUUAGCUGGGGAAAUGUGAUAUAUUUUUUUCCCGGUGGAAGUACUUUCUCUUUGUCUUUGAUUACAAAAAAUAUUUUUCAUUUGUGGCGACACAAGUUAUUUUGAACAUUAAAGUUGCGUUUUUAUGUUAUUUAUCAU